GGCCAACAGAAUGGGACUUUGCAAAAUCAAAACGAAGAGUUUCAGGAAUCAGCCAUGAAAUUAGCCAAAAAGUUCGCUCAGAAAAGUUCGUGACCCAACACCAGCCGCUACUAUCUCAACUAUCGGUUCCAAAGAUCGCUGUUGGCUAAGUUUAGGUCGGCCGAAGACAGACAAUGCAUUCACGAGGUCAACUCUGCCAAGAACAGCACCACACGCAACAACUCCGAGUAGAGCUAACAUCUCACCGAGAGCUUGGAACUCUGUGAAAGGGACAGACUGAUAUUUUCACGGGGAGCUGAUUUGCGAGUUACGGUAAAACCAUCAUGGAAACCGCGGCGGAAGCAAUCCUGCCAUCUUUCAUCGAGACACGACAUAUCGUGACAGUAGUCAUCGGCGUUUCAAUCUUCCUUCUGGUCUACUUUCUCAUCCCCAAGAACCUUCCCCCGGGCCCCCUCGGGUGGCCACUAGUCGGGUACCUCCCGGGGCUGUUCCCCGACCCCCUGGUGUCCUUCAGCAAGCUGGCUGACAAGUACGGGAAGAUCCUGAGUAUCCGUAUGGGGCCGCAGCUCGUGGUGAUGCUGAGUGACUACGAGACGCUGCGGCAGGCCUACGUCAGUCAGGCUGAUGAGUUCUCAGACAACAUGAUCAUGUCUUGGGUCUUGGAGAGCAAGCGGGACGUAGGUAGUCUCUUCUGGGAGAACGGUGAGAAGUGGCGCCAGCGCCGUCGUUUCUCCCUCAAGACCCUCCGGGGCUUCGGCUUCGGCAAGCGGAGUCUGGAGUCCCGCAUCAACGAGGAGGGCCGCUUCUUCUGCCAGGAGAUGGAGCGCCUGAACGGCCAGCCCGUGGUCCUGAACAACCUCCUCUUCAACGCCUCCUCCAACAUCAUCUGCACAAUCGGGAUGGCCUGCCGGUACGAUUACCGAGACAAGGCCUUCGGGGAGCAGCUCUCGAUUAUGAUGGAGCUCAUCGAGGGGGUCCGGCUCCUGGAACCGGCCAACAUCAUCCCACCUCUCUGGCACUCGCGUUGGUACAAGCGCCGACGCGGCAUGUUCAAGGCGCACGAGGAUUUCCUCAGGGAGCAUCUGGAGCACCACAAGGCGACCCUUGACCCCGAUAACAUCCGGGACAUGAUGGAUGCCUACUUGGUGGAGAUGCAGAGGAGGAAGGAUACCAAUGAUCCCAUACAGCACACGGAGGACGGCAUCAUACACAGCAUUUCUGAUCUGUUUGGUGCCGGGACUGGUACCCUGUCUAACACAACGCUGUGGAUCAUCAUCUACAUGCUGAGAUAUCCAGAGACCCAGAAGAAGAUCCAGGAGGAGGUAGACCGCGUGGUGGGAGCAGAAGGCGUCCCGUCGACCCUCCAGCGAGAGCAGAUGCCCUACACCUGCGCCUUUCUGAUGGAGAUCCAGCGACUGCGCCCUCUGGCGGCCAUCAUCUUCAGACACCUCAGGGUGCCCGGAGUCAAGCUGUGCGGGUACAACAUCCCGAAAGAUACGCCAGUAUUUGGUAACGUCUUCUACAUCCAGAACAGUCCCAAGUUCUGGGACAACCCGAUCGAGUGCCGACCAGAGCGCUUCCUGUCUGCCGACGGCAAGACGCUGGUACCCAGGAAGGACUGGAUCCCGUUCGGACUCGGGCGUCGCAUGUGCCUGGGCGAGGCACUCACCAAGAUGGAGCUGUUCAUUUUCACGGUGACCGUCAUGCAGCGAUUCACAUUCAAAGUACCGGACGGCGAUCCUUUACCGCCCCUGGAUCUACCCACGGGUGGGCUGGUCAUGUACGCUCCCAGGUUCCGGGUGAGCUGCGUGAAACGCUAAUUUUGGACAGAACACGGGAGGGAGUCUUGGCACUAUAAUAUUACGUAAUUUCACUCAGAAAAUGGACUUCUUACAAAAAAUAUAUAAAACGCAUUGCUUUCGACUACUUUGAAAUUAUAUUUCAUAUUCCUUCUGAACAGCUAUCUUUGCGAAAAGACAGGGCCCAUUUUUAUUGGAAGGCCAAUAGCUCAGUUGGUAGAGCGCCGUUACGGUGUUCAGGAGGCUACAGUUCAAACCCUGCUCCAGUCAAUUUUCUUACUCGACAAAACAUUCACUGAGUUUUACUUGUCAGCUUUACUAAUUUGUCCUUGGUUGGGCGUGCUCGCACUGACUUGUGCCAGGUUUGACCAGGGACAAAUUGCGCAUGUGUGCGCAAUGUCUGAUGGUGGUUUCUCAAAUAGAUUAAAAGCUUACGCAUAUUUAAAGCAAUGUCAGCACAUGUGUACACGUUUUAAACAAAGACAGUACAGAUAAUUAUAUUCUCUUCAUAUCUAUGAUCUUGCUUGUGGCCCCUGAAUAUGAACAAGGAAAUUUCCUGAUGAUAUGGCCCCUAACAAUGGAUAACACAAACAGGCACACUGAAUCCAAA